UGAUUAAUAGUAACGAAGUACGUCAGGUGAUGUCCAGUUACUGGAUGGAUCAUUCAAAAGAUGCUUCAUUGGAAGAAAUGAUGUUGGACACCCAAGCUGAAAGCCUGGCACAAUCUGAACACCCAGAAAUACUCUCAUUGUUGCCACCAUAUGAGGGUAAAAGAAUAAUCGAGUUAGGAGCUGGAAUUGGACGAUUUACUGGUGUUUUAGCUAAAAAGGCAUCGCAUGUCACUGCUGUGGAUUUUAUGGAAUCUUUUAUCAAAAAGAACAAGGAUGCCAACAGUCAUCACAAAAAUGUUGAUUUUAAGCAAGCAGAUGUCACGGUAUUAAAAUGCCCAGAGAAAAGUUUUGAUUUGGUGUUUUCUAACUGGCUAAUGAUGUAUUUGACAAAUGAAGAGGUUCUUGCAUUGGCCAGAAAUAUGCUCUCCUGGUUGAAAGAAGAUGGAUUUGUUUUUUUUAGAGAGUCAUGUUUCCAUCAAUCAG